AUGUACGGUUUAUCUGGAAUGGUAGUAUUAGAUCUUAUGGAUGGUGUAAAAAAAGGUGCUAAAUUAAAUGCUAAGCGUGUUCUAUUGGAUUCAAAUUUUGUUUCAAUCGAUCCAAUGGUUUUAUUAUUACGUUGGGAUAAAAAAAACCAAAAAAAAGUUUCUGUUAUGGCACCAAAAAUUAUUGAUGUUUACAAUAGGCAUAUGGGCGGUGUAGACAAGGUGGACAUGUUAUGUGCAUUACAUCCUAUUCCAUUUAGAAGUAAAAAGUGGUAUAUACGUAUAGCAUGGAGAUUGUUUGAUCUAAUGGUAAUAAAUUCUUGGCUUUUGGCUAAUCAUCUUGUUCAACAAAAUGUGAAUUGGGAAUGUGUGAAAAAAAAUGUGAAAUGCGAUUGUGUGAAUUUAAAACAGAAAUAG